UAUUUGUUGGGCGUGGCUAUCUGGCAGUUACGGUAAGAUCUGCUGAUCACAAACACGAAGCUUUCAGACAGGAGAGAAAGCUGCGAAUUAUUUAGUUGUUCAAGAGCGAUUUACAAACGGAAGAACAAAGAUUCCAGGAUGAAGGUUUCUGUGCAAGUGGGCAUGGUGUUUGUUCUGGCCCUUAUUGGCCUGGGCUCUGCUAUUAAGUGUUAUGACUGUGUUGACUACACUGGAAGCUGCACUCAAACCCGUUCCUGCCCUGCCCAGGAGGAUGGAUGUCUGACACUGCAAGAGAGAAAUGGGAAGACAUACCGGCAGUGUAUCCGCUUUUCAGACUGUAAAUCCGGCAUUCUUGGUAGCAUGUUUCCCAAGGUGGGCGCGUUCGACCACAGAUGCUGCCACCAAGACCUGUGUAACGAUGCUACUGUGAACACAGCCAGGACUUCAGUGAUUACCUUGGUUCUUUCUCUGGCUCUGUUAUGGUGGUGCAUCAUUUAAUUGAAUGUAUUCAGAUACUGCCUUCUGAUGAUUUGGAUAACAAUACUAUUCCUGAGUGUUCUACUUUUAAGGGACUUAAAGACAUUAAAAGAAAUAAACAGACAAAUGACAGAUACUGCCUCUUGUGUCAGAAUAUUAUAAAGCAUUAGAUUAAUAUUAUUAAUUUAAUUAUGACUUCACAUUAAUGGGAUUUUAAAAGUAAGGUUUAUAGUAUCAGUUGAUACAUUUUCUCUGAGUAUGUGAAAUUGUAGGUUACAUGAUUUUUUUUAUUCUCAUAUUGAUGGCUACUCAAAAGUAGAUUGAGCAAAACCAAAAGUCUUAAUGGGUAAUAAUGUAGUUUAGCCCAAUAAACAACAUAACUUCAUGAUCCUGUUGAGAAACCACUGAAGCACUUGGAGACCACUGCGUCUCACAAAUGCUUUCUUUAAAUUCAGGGAACCUGAUUGAAAAUGUGCACUAACACUAGCUUCAUAAAAUGUAAAUUUCUUUUUGAAUGAAUACAGUUUUAGUGUUUGUUACUAAUGGUAUUAUAGGCAGUAUUCUGUAGAGUAUUGUAACUUGAGCGCUUCUUAACUUUGGGCUUUCAAACUUCAAGCAGAGGUUAAGUCUAACACUAAUGCAGAGACUUUUUGUCGUGUCUCCCCCCCCCAAGUUAUGUAUACUAGUAUUAUUCAGUGUACAUUAAAUAAAGAAAUCAGCUUUAAAUUCAAA